GGAGACUAUAUAUAUAAAUCAAUGCCAUGGUCCAAAUAGCAUUGUGAUUGGUCGAGAGCUUUUGGCGGGCCACAAGGGCGACACCGGCGGCACGCCAGCGAACUAUCCGCACAUUUUCCUGUUGUCUAACUGAAUACAUCAAUACAACACUGUAAUGUCUGACGACGCAGCUUCGGCUCCCGCGAAACGUGGCCGUAAAGCCAAUUCGGCAACUGCCGAUAAACCAGAGAAGAACGAAAAGCCAGCAGAUUCAAAAAAACGGUCAAAAAAGGAAUCGAAAGACGACGAGGAAGGUGCAACUGCUGCUAAAAGAGGAAGAGGAAGACCCAAGGGUACGACAAAAAAGACUAAAGCUGCUGCAAAACUUAAUAUAAAACCCACAGGUCGAGGACGCGGGAGACCAAAGAAAAAUAAAGAAGAUGGGGAAAAAGAUUCUACAGAAGAAGAUGUUGAGGAAGAGGAACAAGAAGAAGCAGUAGAAGAUGAAGAAGACGAUGAUUAGAUUCGUGAUUGGAAAUUUUUUAUUUUAGGUAAUAAUUAGUUGAAUUUCCAUUGUGAAAUUUUGUUACUUACGUAUUGAGUCUCGAAUUUUUCUAUGGCUGAUAAAAGAACAAUUUAAUCCAAUAUUAAAACAAUUAAAUUAUUGAAAUUUGAGGUGUUGAAGUAUUUUAUGCAAAAAACACUGCCGUAAUUUACCGGAAGGACAAAGUUUUAUAACAAAAAGUCACAAAAUUACAAUUCUGUUAGGUAGUAUAUUUUCGAGUUUAGAUAUUCUUUGAUGUGUAAUUCCAUUUUUUAAUCUAGAUGACUGAAUUCAAUAAAGUAUUUGAU